CUGUGUGUGUGUGUGUGUACAUGAGGUUGGACUUGGUGGAGAGUUUCGUGUGUGACUCUGAGCUCAGGCACACCUGCCAGGAGGACUUGCUGCGGCGGUUUCCUGAUCUCCACCGUCUGGCCAAGAAGUUCCAUCGUCACACUGCAACGCUGCAGGACUGUUACCGCGUCUACCAGGCUGUGACCCAGAUCCCCGCCCUCACCGCGGCCAUCGAGAGAUACUCAGGCAGCUACCAGGUUCUGUUGGAGGCCGUGUUCCUCUCCCCUCUCAGAGACCUGCACUCUGACUUCAUCAAAUAUCAGGAGAUGAUCGAAACCACCCUGGACAUGAACCAGAUCGACCACCAUGAAUUUCUGGUGAAGGCGUCGUUUGAUCCGGUGUUGAGUGAGCUGAGAGAAAAGAUGGACACGCUAGAUAAGAGCAUGCAGGCAGUGCUGAACAGCGCAGCCAGAGAACUAGGUCUAGACGCCGGUAAGACGGUGAAGCUGGAGUCGAACGCCGUGCUGGGCUUUUACCUGAGAGUCACCUGCAAGGUGGAGAAGACUCUGAGGAACAACAAGAAAUUCACCACGCUGGACGUCCAGAAGAACGGAGUGCGUUUCACCAACAGCAAGCUGAGCUCUCUGAAUGAGGAGUACACCAAGAGCAGGGAGGAGUACGAGGAGGCGCAGAACGCCAUUGUCAAAGAGAUCAUCAGCAUUGCCUCAGGCUACGUGGAUCCCCUCCAGACGCUGAGCGACGUGAUAGCGCAGCUGGACGCAGUGGCGAGUUUCGCCGUGGCGUCCGUCUCCGCUCCUGUGCAGUACGUGCGGCCUCGCAUCUUGGUUGACGGCUGCAGGCGCAUGGAGCUGCUACAGGCCAGACACCCCUGCAUGGAGACAGACCCGGACACGGCCUUCAUACCCAACGAUAUCACCUUCGUCCACGGACAGAAGAACUUCUACAUUAUAACAGGACCAAACAUGGGAGGCAAAUCGACAUUUAUCCGGCAGGUGGGUGUGAUCGCUCUGAUGGCUCAGAUUGGCUGCUUUGUGCCAUGUGAGAAGGCAGAGCUGAGCGUGGUUGACAGCGUCCUGGCCAGGGUGGGAGCGGGGGACUGCCAGGUGAAAGGCGUGUCCACCUUCAUGUCCGAGAUGUUGGAAAUCGCCGCCAUUCUCCGCUCGGCCACUGAGAACUCGCUGAUCAUAAUCGACGAGCUCGGCAGAGGCACGUCCACGUACGACGGCUUCGGUCUGGCCUGGGCCAUCAGCGAACACAUUGCCUCCAAAAUCAGCGGCUUCUGCCUGUUUGCCACGCACUUCCACGAGCUGACGGCGCUCGCAGCCCAUGAGCCCACCGUUCACAACCUGCACGUCACGGCCCUGACCUCUCAUGACACCCUCACCAUGUUGUACAGGGUGAAACUAGGUCAGACAUGUGGUUUCACGCAUGCAUUUGUGUUUUUAUUCCUCAAGGGACUUUUCAGCAUUUUCACACAAAGACAGAUGGAAAGUGAAAUAGAGGAACAUAUCGAUUCAGCUACAUGAAUUGAUUUAAGCUUU